UCAAACGCCUUCAGAAGCUUGAAUAAACUCCCUUCAAAAACCUGCAGCUGAAUCGAGCAGCGCAUAUGGCGGACGUCAGCAAUUCGAACCUGCCUCUCUCCGCUCGUCCAAACCCUAGCCCUAAAUCCGACGAUGGCGGCGAGAAGCCGACGACGAAGAAGAAGCCAGCCCCGAAGCGGUUCGUGAAGAGCCAGAUCCCGUUGGAGAUCCUGUCGGACCCAGCGCUCAACGCCGCCGCCGCCCUCCUCCCCUCCAACUACGACUUCGAGAUCCACAAGACCGUCCACCGCGUCGUCUCUUCCGCCGCCCGCCGCGUCGUCCUCCAGCUCCCCGACGGCCUCCUUAUGUACGCCCUCCCCCUCGCCGACAUCCUCCGCUCCUCCUCCGCCGCCGCCGAAGACAUCCUCGUCCUCGCCGACCCCACCUACGGCGCCUGCUGCCUCGACGACUUCGCCGCCUCCGCUCUCCAAGCCGACCUCCUCGUUCACUACGGCCACUCCUGCCUUGUCCCCGUCCCCUCCGCCCGCCUCCCCACCCACUACGUCUUCGUCGACAUCCGCAUCGAUGUUCAACGCCUCGCCGCUGCCGUCCGCUCCGCCUUCCCCCCAUCUUCUAAACUGGCCCUCGCCGGCACCGUCCAGUUCGUUGCCGCCGUCCACGCCGCCAAAUCGAUCCUGUCCUCCGAGGGGUAUGACAUCACCGUCCCCCAGGCUAAGCCGCUCUCCGCCGGGGAGGUCCUCGGGUGCACGGCCCCUACGAUCCCCAAGAGCAGGGGGAUGGAGGAUCUCGUCUUCGUCGCAGACGGUCGGUUCCAUCUCGAGGCGUUCAUGAUCGCCAAUCCGGGGAUCCGGGCUUUCCGGUACGAUCCCUACCUCGGCGUGCUCGUCUUGGAACAGUAUGACCAUGAGGGAAUGAAGAAGGCGAGGAAAGAUGCGAUACUGGCAGCCAGGGAGGCCAGAAAUUGGGGUGUUAUUCUUGGGACUCUAGGCAGACAGGGGAAUACUAGGGUUUUGGACAGAGUGGUGGAGCACAUGGAGGAGAAGGGGCUGGAAUAUUCAGUGGUGCUGAUGUCGGAAAUUACACCGGGGAGGAUUGCUUUGUUCGGGGACUCGGUCGAUGCAUGGGUGCAGAUUGCUUGCCCUCGGCUUUCCAUUGACUGGGGGGAGGGGUUCCCAAGGCCACUUCUGACGACAUUUGAGCUGGAGAUUGCUCUGGGGUAUGUUCCCGGUUGGUGGGAGAAUGACAGGAGGACAGAACCAAAGAAUUCUAACUGUGGACGCAUGGCAAAGAAGGAGGAGAGCUGUUCGAUAUCUGGUGGUUGCGAGGGUGGAUCCUGUGGCUGCAAGUGCAAUAGUUAUGGUAAAGAAACAGAUUAUGCGAUGGAUUAUUAUGCUCAGGAUGGAGGGGACUGGAAUAGCUCUUAUGUUAGGAAGAGGACUUCUACCAGUGAGAGAAGACCCAGGAGAAAUAUUGAUGGCUAUUCAAUUGGCUCUUACUAUCAUCGAUUGCAUGAUUGGCAGUGCUUGUCCUAGCAGAAAAAUACGACCACUUAAGGGAACCGGAAAUGCAUAAAACCUUAGAUCUACUCUGCUGAUUGGGCUCAGAACAUUAUUAAAAAAGAGGUCAGAGCAGAUGGUGAAGUAUAGUUGUAGAGAUACCUUAGAAAGUAAAGCAAAUCCCAGUAUAUUUUCUGUUCUCUUUGCAAACUCUCAUGCCCUUUUUUUUUUCUCAUCUUGAUGGGAUUAGAAAACCAAUUCAUUGAACUCACAUUCGCUUGAUUUCAGAUUCUUAAGCCAACUGUUUCUUGAAAGCUCUACAAAAUGCCUCAGGGAUGAAAGUUUAAAAGUUUGUCAUACAAGACCUUGUUUAUGAUGAAGCUUGCUAUUGUAUUCUUAGAUUUUGUCUGAUAUUUUGUAGAAUUCAUGCAUUUAUAUUUUCAAUAUCUCCAUGUUAACAUCCUGCCUUCCCUGAAGCCCGGAAGAAACUUCACUUGGUCGAAAGGAACCUUCAGGUUAGAAGAUGAAAAAUUCACUGGACAUUUCAAUUACCAGUAAUAUGCAUGUGCAGGCUUUUGUGUUGUGCUUUA